AUGCUUCCAUCACCAGAAACCAAACCUUCUAGCCCUGAUGAAUCACCUCAUUCCCCAGAAUCAUCCGACUCGUCAGACGAGGAUGAGGAAGAAGAAGAUGAAGCACCGACACCUGCAACACCGCCAGGUAGGACAUCGGAAUCUCCCUUCGGAGCUGUGACCCCGCGGCAACACACGGCGUGGAGCAAACUUUUAGACGACACUACAACAGGAAGCCCUAGUGCUCUCAACUUCGAUGAACUGAAAUUAAAUCAGGCUGUCAAGCCUCGUCGAAAGGCCAUGCUACAACGAUCCAGCUCCGAUAUGACCCACACGACUGGUAACAGACGACCACGUCUGAUAGAUACGUUGAAACAAGACUCCGAAUCGGAAGAGGAGAGCAACGAUGACGAAGCUAUGACCGAUGCGGAUGAAACGCAUUUCACCAAACACGAAAGGAGUAGUCCCAACCAAGCCCCUGCUGGUCCGUCGUCGAAGAGCUCCCAACAUACUGGAACGGCCUCAAGCUUUUCUCAAGAAGCCACAUCAUCUCAGACAUCAGUUCCAGGAAACGCAGGCCCAAAGCUUACCUACGCCCGUACCAGGUCAUAUCUUAACGAGAACAGUCUCGAGGAUGAGCUGUUACUGGGUCUUCCUAGCUUGGAGAGUUUAGGUCCAUCGCGCAGAGCACGAGUCCAGGACGACCUCGAUGAGCUUGAAGACGGUGGCGGUGGCAUGCGGAGUAUUCAUGAACUCCGUGCGGGAGGACGUGCUCUACGUGUUGCGGACGACAUCGAACAUCUCGUUGGUGAUACUGAGGAAAAGAAAGCAAAUCCCCCGGCGAGGAGACGCAGUGCUCUGAUGGAGCUAUGCACGAAAUUGGCUGAUAAGUCUUAUGUCACCCGCAUGGUCGAUGGCGGCUUGGACAGCCGACUUUUCCACUUUUGUGGUGCAACCACGGAUCCUAUUCUCGGGUUCCUAGUUGCCUGUGCAAUGAAGCUCAUGGUAUCGGCUGAGGUACCAAAAUCAUCGGUCGCUGCCAUGUACAGCGCCGGAUGUCUGAGGAUGCUGGCCGGCCUGCUCAAGCUCGAUUCGGACAUAGCAAAGAUUGCGCGCGAACGUCGUAACAACAUGUCUAAAUAUGCACAGGGCGAACUGGUCAAAUUUCGGUCGCAGGUUAUGAACAGUAUCUGGCCCGAAGAACACCUGGAAGUUGUCUCCCCAAGGGCUAUUGCGCUAAAGAGCUUAGAGGCUGUGAUCCGCAAGCUACGGGAAAGCAGAAACACGGACGACCUCCUUGGCUUCCGGGCCUUUGCAGAUGUAGCGGCGCUGGCCAAGGACCCGGCACACAAGUUGGCGUCAGGAUUUGCCUCACCCUCGGACACUGCAUUCCUUGAGCUUACGUUGUCGAUCCUGGAGUCUGCUUCCCUGAAUGCAUCAGCCUGGACCAACUCCUCUACGGAUGCUGACGCAUCCAUGGGUCAGCUUGCAGGCUCUAUCGAUGCAGUCCUUGGCUCAGGACCGUCAUUGACCGAACAGUUGGAACCGCUUGCUCUUCGUCUCACAUUGAACGUAACGAACAACAACCCGGAGGUUUGCAACGUCUUUGCCCGGCCAACACUCGUGCAGAACCUAUUACGCUCGAUAGACAACAGGUGUCAGGCAUUGGCUACUCCAUUGAACGAGGAAGAGCACGUCAAGACUUUGGAUCGUCUGAUUCUCACGCUUGGCGCAAUGAUCAACCUUGCCGAGUUUAGCAAUGAGGCAAGAGUAGCUUCCAUGAAAGAUGGCGAUGGGUUGCUCAACUCCCUCGUCAGAUCCUUUCUCGAGGGCAUGGAGCGAGCUGCGCAAGCAGAUUCAAUGGAAGAAUCUCAAUCCAGCGUUGCAUACGGUUACCUCGCGGUCCUGCUUGGGAAUCUCUGUCAAACUUGGGCUGUCAGAGAGAAGGUCCGCGCCAGGCUGCCGCAACAGCGCCUGGAUGUGCUGAUCCAUGCGGUUGAAGAGUUCAUCUUCGUGCACCAAAAAGUUGAUAAAGAGGAGUUCGAUGGUGAAGAAGGUAGAGAGGUCUGGGCAAACUACACGGCAAGGCUGCAAGGAGUCAUCUACAGGCUUCAAGGACGGCACACCUAG